AUUCUGUUUAGUUGCUGUUAACCGGUUCGUGGUUGUUGUGUUGCCCAUGUGCAGGGCGUGCUGCGUCGCUCCGCCCCUGUAGGGGGAGUGGAGAUGUUCCGACGCCAUGUUGCCCCCUAGUCUCGCGAGGCUGUACCGCCGGAGAGAGGGGGAUGAGAAGAUGUCCCAAUGAGUGGAUCAUGUCGAACUCAAGCUUGGGUUGAUCCAUAGCAUGGCUGCUUCUCGAUCAACUCGCGUCACAAGAUCUACAGUGGGCUUAAACGGCUUGGAUGAAAACUUCUGCGGCCGAACGCUGAGGAAUCGCAGCAUCGCUCACCCCGAGGAGGUCGUUCCCCAGUCGCUGCUGAGAUCCAGGUCCCCCAAAAAGAGGCCGGAACCGGCGCCGAUCCAGAAGGGCAGCGGUACAAAAAGCGGGGAGCCAAAGCAGCCGGCGUCUCGCGAGUCUUGGGUGAGUCCGAGGAAGAGAGGGCUGUCCGUGUCGGAGAAAGAGAGCGCUGAGAGAGACAGUGUGGAAAACAGCGACAAAAAGUCGCCAGGACUGUUGUCUCCCGUUCUAAAGAAAAUCAAACGGUAUCUGCGCUCGGAGGAACCCAACGGUCCAGAAGAAGAAUCGCCGAGUUCCCUUCCCAAGGAUCCUUCCAACCGUAGGAGCUCAGCUUCUGACAAUGAAACGGAUCCCCCCCAAGCUAAACCGUCGGAGCGGGGUCUUCUACUGGAUGACGGUAACCAAAGGGAGGUCAAAAACGAGCCGGAGGAGCAGAUUAAAAAAUCAGUGACGGCCAACGAAGUCUUUAAUCAUCAAACCGUUAACGGCGUCGGCGACGAAGGGACCGCAGCUUUAAAGUGUAACGACUGCGAGGCAGACAGGAGUAACGAUGUAUCGGACCCCCCAAAGGAACUUAUUGUGUCCGAAAACGGGAGUUCGUUGAGUUCCUUUUCGGAAGAGACUAAAAACGAGAAGGAAACUCUUUUAGACCACAGUGUGCCUUGCACAAACUCAGAGGACAAAGCAGACAUACAGGACCAUUGUGUACCCGGCGGCCGCGUUCCCCCGGCAGACGAGCCGGCGGGUGCGCCGUCAACCAUAAGAGAUUCUGAGGAGGAGGUGGACGUUGUAGGGGACAGCACCGCUAAGGAGCGCGUCUCUGAAAGUUCUAACAGCCUCUUCGGUGCUGAUCAGGAGCGCUGCGUCUCGGGGGAUCCUGACUCCGAACUUUCCCUGUCGGAGAUCGAGUCUCCGGGCUCUCACGCGGCCGCCUUUUCAGACACUCAAGAACACAGAUAUACGCUUAGAACCUCUCCGAGGCGGCCCCUCUCUGCGAAGGACAGCCCGUCCAAAGCGGACCCGCCGUUUGGGGAGAACGGGCAGAUCGAGGAGGGGAAAACCUGUUCCGGUGCCGUUAACGGCUCCUUAGUAAACAGCAAAGACAUUGCGCUCGGUGACAACAAGCAGACCUCUAACUCUGAGAAAUGUCCCCAAGGAGAGCCGACGAGGCGGCCCUGCGAGCCGGAGCCGGCGGCGGAGCCCAAACCGCCAACCAAGGCGAGCGUCGCUGUGCGCCCGGCCGACGACGACGAGGAAGAGCCCGACGUCUAUUACUUCGAGUCGGAUCAUCUUGCUCUUAAACACAACAAAGAUUACCAGAGGCUGCUGCAGACUAUCUCGGUGCUGGAGGCUCAGCGCACGCAGGCUCUUCAGGACCUGGAGCGGUUGGCGCGUCACCAGAGGGAAGCCCUGGCCGACCCGGUGGGGUUUGUGGAGAUGCUUCAGAAAAAGAUCAAUCUGGGGAUCCCGUGCCCGCAGAGAAUCGUCCAGCUGCCGGACAUCGCGUGGGAUCAAUAUACCACCAGUCUCGGGAACUUUGAAAAAGAGCUGAGGAACCGGAAGCGCCCCUCGCGAAGGAUAAAGUUAAUUUUUGAUAAAGUCGGGAUACCUACGAGUCCCCAGAUAGCCACAGAGGGUAAGGAUCGGGAGUCCUCGUCCUACUCCAUGCUGCCCCAGAGUGAUGGCCAGGAGUGCUCCACGAGUCACGGCUCGCAGCAGGUAAGAGGAAGGCAGCCGACGGAGCACAAACCCGGAACGUUUAACCAGUUAUGGACUGUAGAGGAACAGAAAAAACUGGAGCAGCUUCUCCUGAAGUUCCCUCCGGAGGAAGUGGAGUCCAGGCGCUGGCAGAAGAUCGCCGAUGAGCUGGGCAAUCGGACGGCGAAGCAGGUCGCAAGUCGGGUGCAGAAAUACUUCAUUAAACUGACGAAAGCUGGAAUCCCGGUACCGGGGCGAACGCCAAAUUUGUAUAUGUACUCCAAAAAGUCUUCAAGCAAGCGACAGCAUGCGCUAAACAGGCAUCUCUUCAGACCCUCUACCUUCAUGACGUCUCACGAGCCUCCCGUUUACAUGGACGAGGACGACGACCACUCCGGUUUCAAUAACAGGGACCUCGAUGGAGCCGGGGAAGACGACAUAUCGGAUGAAGACGAUAUUCCUGAGGCCUUUCGCCAUCUGGAUGAAUAUAAACAGUUACUGGAGCUGAAGAAGAUGAAGAAGCAGAGAGUGCAUCAGAUGCAGGCCGAGAGCGGCUUCGUCCAGCACCUCGGCUUCAAAUGUGAUAAUUGUGAAACGGAGCCCAUUCAGGGCGUGAGGUGGCACUGCCAAGACUGCCCGCAGCACAUGUCUGUGGAUUUCUGCGAUUCGUGCUCCGACUGUUUAUAUGAAACCGAGUUGCACAAAGAGGACCAUCACCUGCAGCCCAUCUACAAAGUGGAGACUUUUCUAGACAGAGACUACUGCAUGCCGCGCGGCACCAGUUACAAUUACCUGGAUCCAAACUACUUCCCGGCAAACAGAUGACGCGGCCGGGCGGCGGAUCAGCUCGGUUAUCUCCAGACACACGGCCGGUGAGGGGGGGCGUCCGAUUUCAGCGCAGGAGGAUACUGGACUUUCUUAGAAAUACCGCUUCCCGGAAGGACUCAUCACACUGCAGCCCGGAACAGUCCGGAACAUUCCACGUGUGCUAGAAGGCGACCUUGCCGGGGGGGGGCUCUCUCCCUUCAACGCAAAAAACCCACCUCCAGAAACGCAAGAAUCCACAGAGUUACCGUAACUCGCCCUCCGCAGGCUUCCGAAACCCACAGAUCGGUCAAAAUGUGAACUAUUUAUAUUAAAACCAGUUUACUAGCUUGCG